AGGCUGGGAAGCCGCAUCCCACAGAUAGAGGGUGCUGCGAUAUUGCGGAUUAGAGCUCCCUCCCCCAGAACUCAGCUUUGGGUUAGUUUGGAGGAGGGUGCGCACAGGAAGAAAAAAGAGAGAAAGAAAAGAGAAGGGAAGAGACAAGAAAACCAGACGUGAACUAUGGAGAGAAGUUUUUUGUUCCAGAGUGUAGCUCCAAAGUCCAAUUCCUGGAGGUUUUCAGAAAGGAAGAACUGCUUUUUCCAGAUGUGGUCCCUGAUCUUCUUCUGUCUUCCUGUCUGGGCUGAUGCAGCCUCUAUGUACGGAGAGAUCUUGUCACCCAAUUAUCCUCAGGGGUAUCCCAAUGAUGUGAACAAAACUUGGCAAAUCCAGGUCCCUUUGGGAUAUGGUAUUCACCUUUAUUUCACACAUCUGGAUCUUGAACCAUCACAGGACUGCGAAUAUGACUUUGUGAAGAUUGUGUCUGGUGGCUAUGUUGAAGGCGUGCUUUGUGGGCAGAAGAAACAUCGUGCCCCAGGCUCCCAGAUUGUGGAGGAAUUUCAUGUCCCUUACAGCACUCUCACCAUGACAUUCCAAUCAGACUUUUCCAAUGAGGAGCGUUUCACUGGUUUUGCUGCCUACUACAUUGCUGUGGACUUGGAUGAGUGCAUGGAUUUUGUGGAUGAACCCUGCAGUCAUUACUGUAAUAAUUAUAUUGGAGGUUACUUCUGCAGCUGUCCACCAGAUUAUUUCCUCUAUGAAGAUAACAAAACUUGUGGAGUGAACUGCAGUGGCAAUGUCUUCACUGAGCCAACAGGGGAGAUUGCCAGCCCCAACUACCCCAACCUGUACCCAGAGAACUCUCGGUGUGACUACCGAGUGGCUCUGAGCCCAGGCUACUUUGUGGUGCUGACCUUCCGUAGAGAGGACUUCGACGUGGAGCCAGCCGACGCCAAUGGGAUCUGCCACGACAGCUUAACAGUUGUCUCUGGAAAACAGCGUUUCGGUCCCUAUUGUGGCAGCAAAUUCCCUGGUCCUCCUGAAAUCAAAACCAGGAGCAACAUUCUUGACAUAAUCUUCCAGGCAGACCAGGGCACACAGCACAAAGGCUGGAAAAUACGCUACUAUGGGGACCCUGUAACCUGUCCCAUGAGUGUCAUCUCCAACUCUGUUCUUGACCCAAAGAAGGACAGGUAUAUCUUAAAGGACAUUGUGAAGGUGACCUGUGUGGAAGGAUACGAAAUUGUGAGGCAAAGAGACAGCAUCACAAGUUUUUUCUCCAGCUGUCAGGAAAAUGGUGAAUGGAGCAACUCCCAUUUGAGCUGUGUUCCUGUGAACUGUGGUGAUCCCCCUCCUGUUGACAAUGCUCAGGCCUCAUAUGUCUCCGAACUCCAUGAGCCUCUGUACACGGCUGCUGUCCGCUAUCAGUGUGAGGCACCCUACUACACCCUAGAAAACAAAGAGCAUGUGAUAUAUCAGUGUUCAGCCAGUGGAGAAUGGGUCAAUGAAGAGAUGGGAACAAAGCUACCAAAAUGUGUCCCAGUCUGUGGGGUGCCUAGUAAUCCCAUCCGAGACACAGGAAGGAUUUUUGGAGGCACCCGUGCAGAAAAGGGCAACUUUCCCUGGCAGGUGUAUUUCAGUGACCCCAGAGCAAGUGGAGUGCUCAUCUCUGACAGAUGGGUGAUGACUGCAGCUCAUGUGCUGGAGGGAUACGACAAGCCCACCAUGUAUGCUGGGGUAAUCAAUGUUCGUAGAGAAUCCCUGAAGUGGGAAGCCCAAAAGCUUAUCCCUGAAGCUUCAUUCAUCCAUCCUGAUUGGAAGGAGGAACCCACAGAAACCAGGAUCGAUUUUGAUAAUGAUAUCGCACUACUGAAGCUGAGGGAUCCCGUGAAGAUGGGUCCAAACAUCUCACCCAUCUGUCUUCCUGGUAAAUCACCUGAAUAUGAGCUGCAAGAAGGGACUCUGGGCUACAUUGCUGGAUGGGGCCAGAGAGAGAAAGGAAGACUCCCUGCUGAUCUUUGGAAGGCCCAGAUUCCCGUGGUGAACAUGGACAAGUGCCGAUCUGUGAAACCAGACAACUACGAUGGUUCCGUUGUUUACAUAUUCACCGACAACAUGAUCUGUGCUGGUGGUGGCAAGGACAGCUGCCAGGGGGAUAGUGGUGGAGCCUAUGCCAUCCAGGAUCCUCUGAACACCACCCGGUACUAUGUGGCAGGGCUCAUCUCCUGGGGGCCAAAAUGCGGCACCUUUGGUCUUUACACCAAGGUGGCGCGCUACGUGGACUGGAUCAGAGAGACCAUGAGCGAGCACGAGGAUGAGGAAGCUCAGCAGAAAUAGCUGUUCCUCCUUUCAGCACCGUCACCCUUUCUAAAUGGGAUGGCUGCAUGUUUGGGCCGGCUGUGACCCUGCUCACUCUGUGUAUAUAGUGGGCAAUAUAUAACACAUUACAACUCAUCGUGCCUAUGCUGAGGGGAGAGUCAGGAGCGUGGAUCUGUUUCUCUCUCUGUCAUCAUGUCUGGGAAGGGAAAUGCCCUUUCUUUCACUCAUAGUAGUGUAAAAGGAAGACAUUAUUCUGAAUAAAGAGACUCCUUCUGCUUUCUUUCAUUUUUUUUUCUAUCCUAUCUUUUCCCACUUGGAGAAGACCUAGCUGUGCCCCAUUGAAACCAGACAGGGAGGUUUCCAUGAAGACAAGAGAGAAUAAUUGUUGGUUCCCAGGGAAGGCUCAGAGCCUGAUUUCUGAUUUAUGUAUUUCCUGACCUGUUCAGACUAUCUAACAGCAUUAAAGAAUGUCCAA